CCCGUGGAGACGGCAACAGUGUGAGGGAGAAGGGUCGUCUGCAGGUGUCAGUGUGUGUCACGGGAAGGGCUACUAGUCGCACGAGGAAGAAGGGGGCGGGACACUAAUGUAUUAAUUUGUGUGUAUGUGUAUGUGUGUACGUGUGUGUCUGUAAAUAUGUCGGGGAAAGUGAUCCGAGGCCAGCGCCUGGAGACGGAGAUAGAGCGGAGCAGGGAGGAGUCCAACUGGAAGAAGGUGAUAGAGCUGGCGGAGCACCUCAAGUCCAGGAACCAGCCAGGACUAGAAACUCUUGCCAACUUCCUUAUUGGAGAGGGGAAGCUCGAGUCAUACCUUGAGGAAAAUCCUCCAACAGAAGCCAACAUAUCCAAGGCGAAGACUGGUCUGGCAGAAGCUCGAAAGUACCUACUUAUGUGUAUUGGGGAGCCAGCCAAGAAGCUGGAGGUGUCCCUGGAUGCUCUGCUGCUGCUGUCUAAACUGGAGUAUGCCAUGGGGGACUAUGAAGGGGCUCUGGGCCGCCUUUCAGCUGCUGGCCUUGACCAACUUACUGAGAAGAGUCUGCCGACCCGCUCCCUUAGAAUUGUUGCCGAGUCUUAUGCCAUAAAGGGACUAUGCUCAGCGCUUCAACCCAGAAACAGUUUGUGCUCUGAACGGAUUCCUCUGCCUAACAACAGCAAAUAUCAGAGGGCUGAGAAGAAUGAAAAGAUGAUUCGAUGUUUUGAAUUGGCUGGUGACCUGACGCUGCUGUACCUACAAGAACAAGAUAAAUUAACCUCUACACCCUCUACUCACUCUCUCCAGUCUCUCCCGGCUACCACUACCACAGGGUCCACCUCUCCUCUACCCCCAAAUGGCCUGGAGAAUAAGAAAAUUGGUGUCAUUUUGGAGACGGCUCUGCAGCGUGCUCCCAUUCUGUACAUGAAGGCAGGACAGCUGGAUAAAGCAAUCAGCAGAUACAGGAGUAUGCUCUGUGCAGUGGAGUCCUCAGCUACCCAACACUUGCGGCUGACCCUGGCCCGACAACUGGCAGAGGUGCUGCUGCGUGGCUGCUCAGAGCAUGCCUACAAAGCCCCAACAGAGGAAAAAAGCAGAAGCACUUCCAGUCUCAAGUCAGGGGAAAGCCCAUGGAAGCCCCUCAACUACAGUGGAACAAACCUCUUCGUGCCCAAGAACAUCAAUGAAGAGAUCAUUUUGCUUUUACUCAUAAGUGAGGCCAUGGCAGUGAGAGAAGCAGUCCUCAGUCAGUCCCCAGAGUUUAAGAAUGCCAGAGUUCAUGCCUUUGACAAUGCUACUGCUGUUUAUGACCUUCUGUGCAUAUCUCUGGCCAGGAGAAAGCAAUAUAGUAUCCUUAUUGAGGUGUUUGAAAGAGCCAUGAAAUUCUCCCAUGAGGAGGGCCAUGUCUGGCAGCAGUUUGGGCUGGCAUUGGCCUGUGGCCGCAAGGACACGCGGGCCCUUCUUGUGCUGCAGGAGGUGCACCGCCUGUUGCCCAAUGAGCCCCACUACUGCCUGCUGGCUGCCAGGGUGGCCUUCCAGCAGCUGGGCAGGAUUGAGGAAGGAUUGGUGUGGGUUGACAAGGCCCUCAAAUGUGUCGACGAAAGGGUGAACGUCCUCUCAGCCCGAUGCCACUUGUACCAUGGCCUUGGACUCACUCUCUCAGCUUAUCACACACCACGCCACUCCAAUUCCCAGGGACUGAAGGCAAAGGCACUAGAAUCUUUCUUAAGGGCUCAGCAGUUGGAUUCAAGUGAUCACCUGGCAGAGUAUUACUUGGCCUUUCACUAUGCUCAGGACUACCAUGUGGUGGAGGCCACACACCAUGUUAAGCAAGCACUUUUCCUCCGCUCUGAGCACCUCCACUCACUCCACCUCCUCAUUCUUCUACUCUCCACAAAGAAGGAAUAUGAGCAUGCCUUAGAGCUUGUGGAGGCAGCUCUGGCAGAGUACCCGGAGAAUCUUCACUUGAUGUAUGUCAGGGCCAGCUUGGAAGAAGUAGUGUAUGGUGGGGAGGUGGCCCUGCAUACUGCACGCCAGAUGUUUACACUGUGGCAGAAACUGUACAAGGAACAGCUGAUGACUGACAUAAGUGAUGUUCAGUCCCAGCAUCAUGCAAACCAUGACACACAUAGCAUGUUCAACCUGUCUGACAAAGAUACAGCCCCGCCCCCAGCAGAAAGCACCGCUCCCUCCUCUUCUAUGGGACUUGUCUUCUCCGAGGUGGUGUCACUCAACCUUAGACUUCUCUCUCCUACCAUUCCGUUGGACUGUAACCUCCCUGACAAAGUAGGACCAAAGCCCCCACUUACCCUCGACUCUCCCCCUCACCCUCCCACAGCUUCAGUCCAUGCAGAGAGUGUGGCAGCCUCCCGUGUAGAGCAAGCACUAUCAGAAGUGGCCUCAUCUCUCUCCUCUUACCAACCCAAGCCAGGACCCCACCAAGCAUGGCUCCUACAGAUUCAGAUUUGGCUGCUCACGGCUCAGCUUUACAUCAAAACUGACCAGUUGG